GCAACUCACUUUUAUGCUGACAGUUGGUCCCCCUAGCUAUCAACAGCUGUGAAUGCUCGCUUACUCGCCUGCCUCAUUCAGGCAGUGACUGCAGUGACCGAACAAACCCCUCUCUCUCCUCCCUCUCUUCUGUCAUGUCUAUGCAGCACCGAAAGGCACAAAAAGGGAGGGAGCCGCCAGCCGCAGACAGACAGACAGACACACGUCCAAGAACGGAACACACGCUCACAUCACAUAUGGGGUCAAAGCCAACUGACCAACUAACUGGUAUGGAUGCAUUCACAUCACACCACAGGCGAGUCACGCCAUGGGGUGGUAUCCAGUGCCCAGCUGUUGGCAGCUGCUCAACAUCUGCCAAAAUCCGCGAGAUGUGGUGAUCUCCACUCGCCCCUUUGUCCUACAGCCAGCCAAUGAGAGAGAGAGAGAGAGAGAGAGAAGCCGCACCACUGGUGCACCAUCCACCAUCCAUCUAGUCCCCUCUCUCUCUGUGCGCGUACCAUCCCGUUCUUAUGGCGUCCAGCCUGGCAAGCCACAUGCACACAAGAAAGACCACGUCGCUGCCGGCCGUGGCCUCGAUGCGUGAGCUGUGCAGGCGGCCCAGCAGCCGGCCCGCGGUGGUCGUCACACAUGUGGCCGGUCCUUGCGGCUGAAUGAAGGACGAGGGGGCAGAAGAACAACACAACACCACUGAUGCGAUCGACAGAUACUGUUAACGUGGUCUGUCUGUCUGUCUGUCUGCAUGGCGUACCUCUUCGUUGUCCAUCAUGGCCUCCAACCGAGUGCCCCUCUUGCAUCGGACGACGACAGUCUUCUUGGCCUUCCUGUCGCUGCGGUACGACACAGUGCAGCCGUCACGCGAGAUGGUGCAGUGCUCGCGCCCAUCAGGGUAGUACACCUGAUCGCCGACAGACGCACAACAGAGAGAAAUGAAGAUGGAGUCACGUGUGCCUAUCGGUCUGCUGUUGUCUGACCUUGAACUUGGCAUCGAAUUUCUGGUCAAGUCUGGCGAUGAGCUCCCCUGUCGCUGCAUCCACCACCUUCUCCUCCCAUAUGGUGUUGCCGUGACACAGCGAUAUGAUCCGAAACACCCGAGUGGGCGCGGCGGACCGAUGAAGCAGCAAGACCUCCAGGUUGCCGCUGUCUACCACCUGGAAGGCAACCGACACACACGCGCACACAAACACACAGAAACAGAUCUUCCUCUCAGGCAGACCUGAUCUGUGCGUCUAUCGCUAUGCUUGCUGCCUGAUAAGAGGAGUCGCCAUCUGCCGUCCAUUGCGGGCUGACUGGGGGCAGCGGAUCUGCCCUGCUGCCGGUGGAUAAGGACCGCACUGCGACGGUUUGGCUGCUGCUGGAGGAGGUAGAUGCUGUCGUCGAGGGAGAGUUGGAGCCGGACGACUGAGAAGAACCCAUCGCCUCCUGCUUUCUCCUCUUCAACACAAACGCUUUUAUGGACUACAGCAUCUGCCCUCAGGGGCCGGACCUCGACAAACGCAAUCGCGAUGGUUUUCGGCUCGCAUUCCUCGGUCAGUGAUCUGGGCAGCAGGUGCUCUAUCUUGAGGACAUUCAU